GACUGGAUCCUACUGAGACCCAGCGGUCCAGGGAAGUGAAAGCAUCUUGGAGCCAGAGGAAGGAUCUAGAGGGUCACCCACUUUACAAACCAGCAGACAGACAGAUGACCUCUCAAGAGGACUGAAAUCCCCGAACCCAACCGAGUCAUUCUUCCGGGACCACAGCUUGCUCACUCGGAUUCCUCUGGUUCUACAGCCCAAAUUUUCUUUCGGUUUUGUCAGAUAGUCUUGGCUGACCCUACGGCUGGCCGGAGUCUGGAGCUCCGCCUUCGGGGGCAGGGGUGUGUGUGUCCCCCGACUGGGGGAGCUGGGCGCAGCGCGGGCUCCCCGGUACUGACCAGACGGUCGGUUCCGGACAGCGCGCGCGCGGGGGACAGAAGGCGCCACCACCUCGCGCCCCCUCCCCUCCUGAGCUUGGCACGGAUCAGCGCCUCUGCAAAACAUCAGUCAGGGUGAAGAAGAGAAAGCAUUAGAGAAUUGACUGGAUGUCGUCGGCUAGGUGACCUCGUCCCAACAAGCUCCGCAGAGGCCUGAGAUGAGGCGGGGCUUUGGACCCUUGCCCCGUGCAUUCUUCCUGUUCUUGUUGGCACUGCUGACCCUGCCAGGCGAUGGCAACCAGGGCAGUGUCGCUGGAAGUUGUUCCUGUGAUCGUACAAUUUAUUCUGGCACCCAGAUACCGCAGGGUACUUUGGAUCAUAUCCGAAAAUACCUGAAAGGAUUUCAUCGCUGUCAAUUCUUUAUCAGGUUCCAGCUGCAAUCCAAGAGCGUGUGCGGGGGGAGCCAAGACCAGUGGGUCCGUGAACUAGUGAACUGCUUUGAGCGCAAAGAGUGUGGAACCGGUCAUGGGAAGAGUUUUCACCACCAAAAACAUUUGCCUCGAGCCAGUACCCAGACCCCUGAGGCCACAGAGGGGACAUCUCCGGACACAAGCACCCCUGCACAUAUUCAGAGCACUCAACAGUCCACUCUUCCAUCGGGAGCACUGUCCUUGAACAAAGAGCUCACCCAACACUGGGAGAUGACCAUUCUCCCUUCAGGCUAUGGUCUGGAAGCUAGGCCUGAGGUUGAGGCAAAUGAGAAACAGCAAGAUGACAAACAGAAAGAAGAACCAGGAGCUGGAGCCGGCACACCAGCCUUGGUACCGGUGCUGUCCCUCCUGGCCAUUGUCUUCUUCCUCAUAGCAGCCUUGGUCUAUGUGCUGUGUAACAGGAGAGUGAAACGGCAGGGCUCUGCAGGUUUGCAGCUCUGGUACACACCUGUUGAACCAAGACCCUAGCGCCUGCAGCAAGACUGGAAGCUCGUCAGAGAUGGAUGACGUGGGAGAGGUAGCAGAGAGGGCGGCAGGCUAGGCUCCGUCAAUAAACUGAACCUGAGCUCAUUCUUUCUCAUGCUGUCUUGAGAGAAAGUACCCAUAUAUAACCUAGGUCAGCUUUGACCUAUUGAUGCUUUGCCUCUACCUCCUAGAUUCUGUGAUUAGAAACAUAUGCCAC